CCUCUCCAUAUUUCGACCCCCACACUCUGUCAUGACGAUCGACCAAGUCACGCUGUACGGUCUGGGCCUGCGCCCGGGCCAGAACAUCAACGUAGGCCCGUACGCAUGGAAAACGGCGGUGGACCUCGGCCUCCUCUCCAUCCCCUACCGGCUGGAAGGCCGGACGUUCGCGGAGAUCCGCACGAGCUGGGAAUCCGAGACGGUGGCAGGCAUCACGGUGCCCGCGAUCCAAGACGGCGAGCGGUGGGUGUUCGACUCGUUCCGUCUCGCGCAAUACCUCGAAGACAAAUACGGUGGCAAGCGCCUCUUCCCGCGCGGCCAAGAGAUCGCGCGCUUCCUCAACACCUGGGCGGACCGGGAUCUCGGGGGGGAGAUUGUGCCGCUCUUCGCGCCGUGGCUGUACAAGGCACAGGAGCCCGACUCGUCCGCGUGGUUCCUCAAACAGAAGCUCGGCGGGGACCAGGACAAGAUCGACGCGCUUGUGCUCGCCGUCCAAGAUCCCGCGUUUAUCGAGCGGCAGGCGGCGGCGGUGCGCGCUAAACUCGCUACGCUCGAGGCGUACCUUGCCGCCAACGAGGCGGAGGGCGCAGGCCCCUUCCUCGCGGGCGAGACGGCGUCGCAUGCCGACGCAGCCGUGUGGGGAUGGUAUGCGGCGUCGCUGGCUGUGCGGCACCCCGGCGUCGAUCUCGGCGCGCUCAUUUGGAAACAUGAGAGUCUGCCGCUCGUCGGCGCGUGGGUCGAUGCGGUGCAAAAGGCCGCGGGGGUCGAGUUGCUGCUUGAGUAGUGAUUGUAAUCUGGGAUAUGCUAGUGGGGACUGCACUAUGAUACUGUG